UUUAUCUAGCUCAUUUGUUCGGUAUGGUUUGAAUAAGUACUAUCUACCUUCCUAUGAUGGAACUGGAAUGGGUAAAUGGUGUUGGAAAUUGAUCAGUUUUUCAUUGUCCGCAUCUUCAUAUUCGUUUACCAUUUCUUUGGCUGUUUUUUCAAUGCGAUGACUGUUACUGGAAGUGGGACAGCCACUGUUAAAGAUAAACCGGGAGAAGAAAUUUUUUUGGAGGAAGUCAAUGGGAAUGGAAGCGUUAAUGGAGAUGUCGAGCCUGUUACGAAAGAAGAAAUCAAUCAUUAUAAACCUAGGAAAAGUAUUCUCACCCGGAGGAUAAAAAUUCGAACAGUGGUUACUGGAAUUAUAUUGAUUUUUAUCGUGUAUUUUAUCUACGUACUCUUAGGAUUCUUAUUCUGGAAAACUGAAAGAUUUUGCUUGACGCCGAAAUGCAAAAGGGCAGAGAAGUACUUGAAAAAGUCCAUCAACGAUUCGGUCGACCCUUGCGAUAAUUUUUACGAAUUCGCUUGCGGAAAUUGGAGGAAACAUCAUCCUAUUCCUAACGACAUGUUUGGAGUUGACGAAGCCUAUCAUAUUGAAAUUCAAAGUGCCACCAAUUUAAGAGAAUUUUUAAUUGGACCUGAUCAUGAUCACGAACCUGUCGUUGUUCAUAAAGCGAGAACUCUUUUUAAAUCUUGCUUACGUGCAGUCCAUGAGCUGGAAACCAAUGAUUUUGAACGAAUUGCCGAUGUUCUAGUUCAAGAAAAUUUACCAAAGAUAUUUAAUUUGGAAAAAUUUGAUAAUUAUUCGUGGGUUCCUACAGCAGUAUUAAGUAAAAAGCUAAUAAACCGUAAUUUAUUCAUCGAGUUUGAUAUCAGAAUGGACCUGAAAGAUCACUUGCUCAAAAGGAUAUCCAUUAAAAAACCGAAAAAUAUGAUACCUUUGUCGACGCACCGAUUUUUUGGGCGAAAAAGUAAAGCUAAAACAAAACUGGAAUGUGAAGGUUACUUGAGUGUGUACAAAGACAGCGACGAAGAUAUUACCGAAGACGUAGCCAUGAACACGACGUAUUAUAAAUAUUUAAAAUUAAUGGCCAAAUACAUGUAUAGGCAAAUGGCUAUGAGCUGGACAGUAGAAACGGAGAGUAAAUUCAACGAUAUUUUCGUUCCAUUCUUACGUUUCAGUAACAGAAUAGAAAAGUUACUAAAUGAUCCGAAUGAAGAAGCGUAUCCUCCCCGAUACAUAUCGAUCGAAGAAUUACAAAAACUGACCGACCGUAUCUCCGAAUGUAACCACAUUAGAUCCAUAAUCAACUGGAAGCAUUAUUUGAAAUCGAUAUUCGAAGAUGUCAUAAAUAUCGACAUACAUCUCGAAGGUCAAGAUAGCACCAUAAUCAUAUCAGACUUCGAAUACAUCAAAUCGAUUUUAAAAUUAUUAGCUGAAACGCCUCCCUACGUUAUAGAAUUCUAUGCUUGGUGGCAAAAUGUUGAAGAACUGAUACCUUUUACGACAGACAGAUUGAAAAAUUACAUGGAUCAGUAUAAACGUGAAAUUGGCAGGGAAAAAGUACCUAGGGAACUAUUCUGCAUAAAGAGAACCAGACACGAGUUAGCUUACGCAAUUGUUUACUUUUUGGCCCACGAUGAAAUAGUUAGGAAAAAUAUUGCGAAGGUUUCAGAUAUGAUGGAAAACAUAAAAUCUGCAUUUUUAGAAGAAAUUAAUCUUUUAAGAUGGUUGGACAGAGAUACCAAACUCAAAUUAGCCGAGAAACUUAGACAAACGAAGGAAAUAAUCGGGUUUCCUGAUUGGAUGGAUGAUGCGAAUAUGUUAAAAAGGCUUUACACUGAUCUUGAGUUACGAGAAGACGACUUUUUUGGUAACAUGGUCGCAAUCAGACAAGAGAAUUUCAAAAUGAAAUUAGAAAAUCUCAGGGAGUCGGAUGCAGUUGUCAACGAUGGCUGGCUUAUCAAUUUAUUAACGCAUCGAAACGCAUACUAUAUCAAUGAAUUGAAUACGAUCGUCAUUCCAGCAAAUAUGUUCGCAUUUCCAUUUUAUCAGCUUGGAAUCGAAGCGUUAAAUUAUGGUAAAAUUGGAGUCAUCAUCGGACACGAACUUACUCACGGUUUUGAUACCUUAGGACGAGAAUUCGACUGGGAUGGCAUGAUCCAACAUUGGUGGAGUAAUCGAACAAAAAUCGAAUUUGAAACAAGAAAAAAAUGUUUUAUCACUCACUACACCGAGUACAAUUUCACUGAUACGGCAGGAGCACUAACCAGGAUAACGUUAAACGGCACUCGAACCUUGGAUGAAAAUAUUGCGGAUAAUGGUGGAGUUAGAAUAGCAUUCAAUGCUUAUAAAAACAUAGUGAAAAAAAUCGGUCCUGAAAAACUGCUCUAUGGAUUACGUCAAUACACUGAUGAUCAGCUGUAUUUCUUGGCUUUUGCAAAUUCUUGGUGUCAAGUUCAUACUACGCAUUCGUUGCACUGGCACGCGAUGGAUAAUCACAGUCCUGGUUUUGUUCGAGUUCUAGCUCCAUUAAUUAAUUCUAAAGAAUUUGCCGAUGUUUGGCAUUGCAAAAGAGGCACUCCGAUGAAUCCUAAACGAAUGAAAUGUAAAAUCUGGUGAAACAAGAUCACCUGCUUGGGGUGUUGUGUGUUCCUGAAUGAUGAGCUCAUUACUCAUUAGUUGAAUUUACUUUGAGAAUUUUACUGAUCUCGUGAUCUCUAAUGAGUUUUUGCCUCAUGGAUGUAUAAUAAGUGACGAUUUUGUAAUAAUUGUGUUGUUGGGUAUUAUAUUUUUUUAAUCUUUGUUA